AUGAUGACAGGUCCAGUUAUCAUCGAAAUAACGUCACCCGUUUCUGCCAAUCGAGACGUUUCAGAACCUAACGGAAAUCCUCUAUCGUAUUCAGAUUCUGAAUCUGAAUUGAUUGAUCUCACUUCUUCUACAAUAGUAGAAAAUUCCAAUCAAGUUCAACCGAUAUCUACCAUUGUAGAACCAAGUCGUAUUUCAAUCAAUGCACAUUUUUUNACGGAUAUUAUUAGUACAACACCACCCGCUAUUGGUGAUUUAAAUAAUGAUGGUCAUUUAGAUAUUGUCGUUCCCAGCGCACGGCCUGAUUACAUAAAUAUAUUAAUUGGGCAUGGUGAUGGGAUAUUUAUAGCACAACAUAUAUUUGUGCCCGGAACUUCUUAUAAUGAUCCGAGUACCAAGAUAAUUGUUCAUGAUUUUAAUGGUGAUAGUUGCCAAGAUCUCAUCGUUUCAACUUAUUUUACUAGCAAUUUGGAUAUUCUUUUGAAUACUUGCGACUGUUCAGUAUCUGGAAUCUCCAGGAAUAAUUAA